AAAUUAGGAAACAUUGAGCAAUGUGAUUAUGUGUCUUAGAUCUUUGUGUAGUUUCAUUUGACUUUAUCUCAUUCGAGUUUUCCUUUUCUUGACAUUGUCGCCGGUGGGUAGGGUACGAUCAUUUGCAUAUGCCAAUGACAUUUUUCUGUUUUGUACUCGACUAAAAUGUCAUGUGCAGUAUAGGAGAGUUCCAUACAUUUCUGGAAUAGUUAAUGAGCCCUGCGAUGUAUAGUUCACCGUUGGAUAGGAUAAAUUUAUGCGCUUUUUGAAACAUUCGUGCCCCAACAUAUUUACUAAAAGAGGAGCAACUCAGUCCCAACGGUACGGAUCCUUACGAUGCCAUCUUUUUUCCUUUAAAAGUAAAAGGAAGGCUACUAUUCAUUUUUAACAACAACGAAAAUAAAAAUGAAAGGCGUCGAAAACAAGGUGGGAGGAUCCCAAAAUCCUAUGCCGUAUAAAUGAAACAAAUGCAGCUGACUAGGCUGUGAUGAGAAACAUACGUAUCCUGCGCCUUAAUUAGUUUCGCAUUCAGGUGCACGUGUCUUCAUUCAAGGUUCUUUUCCUCCUUCUUAUUUAGCUAGAGGACGUUAUUUUCUUUCCACGAUGUUUUAAUCCAUCAUUGCAAAGUCUCGACGAGCGUAUGCGUUCGCGUCUUGCGUGAAAAUGCUCUCUUUACACACCGACAUAGACACGAUGGGCUAGAAAAAAUCCCCCCACCCCAAAAUCAAUGGUUUCAUUAAGAAUGAAUUGUUUUUGUUAGUCCUACCUCCUGUUUUCUCCGUAGAAACUCCAAAAAAAAGCUAAAAAGGGCAGUCGUUUUUCUCUAUGCCUAUAGGGUUAAAAGAAUUGCUUUUGUUUUUCCUGUACCUCUCCCACUUUUUUUUCUCUCUGCUGGAUCGUACAGUAGUUAAGAAACAAUGGCUCUCACAACUCUCUUUCUCUUUUCUGCAGUUGUCUUUUGUUGUGCGUGUGGCAUCAUAAAGUCGCUGCGGCCAUAGCCACUAGUAGCGAAUGUUCCAAUCUUGUGCACCCAAUUUCAACUCAUAUGUAUUAUAUAGACGUCUACAGCGGAACAAGUAGACGCAAGGAUAAAAGAAUCUACGUAGUUUGUGAAUUCCCGUCAUGCCAUCCGCAACGAAAUAAAUGCAUCCAACUUUAGGGGGGAAAAAAAAUAAAAAGUUAGUUGGAUACGGAGGGGCAAAACGUCUGCGCAGAAAGAAGAACGAAAACAGUCGGAAUAAAAAUAAAUAAAUCGGGGACUUGGAAACAGAGCCCGUAGGUCACGCGAUCCAAUCAGCACGUGCUGCCAGCAGCUCUUUUGUGAGAAUCAAAGAAAUGUCAUGCUGGAAUCGAAGCUUGCCCGGAAGAUGAGAUUGCCGUGCGGAAUCAAAAAACUUGCCGUUUUCUUCGUCGUUUUAGCUGGAUGGGUUGGCUCGAUAAGGUGCACGACUGUCGAGCUGAGCAAUACUUGCCUUAAGCCUUGCGUCUGUAAAUGGAAAGGCGGAAAAGAAAGUGUUUCUUGCCACCAAGCCGGCUGGACUGAAGUACCAUCCAGCGGAUUAGAAAGCACUAUUCAGGUGCUGGACUUGAGUGGCAAUCCGCUUUCGCAGUUGGUGGCCAACGAAUUCCGCCGGCUGGGACUGACUCAUUUACAACGCGUUAUUUUGCAACGUUGCGCUCUUCGGCAUAUUGACCCAACUGCUUUUGCCGGCCUGACCAAUUUGGUCGAGUUGGAUCUCAGCCACAACGUAUUGUCUUCGAUACCCACUCAAGCGUUCCUGCACUUUCCCGAACUUCGCGAGCUGAAACUCAAUGGCAACCCGUUGAUCCGAUUGGCCGGCCACACGUUCGCUUCCGCUUCGAAAUUGAUCCGUCUAGAAGUCGCCAAUUGCCAAUUGAAUCACAUCGAUCACAAAGCGUUUCAUGGUUUAGAGCUGCUGGAAUGGCUUCGCUUGGAUGGCAACUUAAUUGAAGUGUUGCCUACGGCUACGCUGGGCCCAUUGCGCACGCUAAGGGGCAUCGAUCUUCAUCACAAUCCGUGGAAUUGUACAUGCCCACUCCGGCCACUCCGGUCAUGGCUGGCUGCUCGGAACAUGCCCUUUUCCGUUCCGCCACUUUGUCUCUCUCCUGGCCGUUUGCGGGGCCAAUCGUGGAACCGUAUGCCAUUAGAGGAGUUGGCCUGCCCACCUAAAAUUCAUCCGGUCGAUUCUUUAGUUCAAGUCGUGGCCGGACAGGCUGCCAAUCUCACCUGUCAUGUCGCCAGCAAUCCGGAAGCGUCCGUCUUGUGGUUCUUUGCCGAUCGGCUCAUCGUCAAUUUGACGACGCCGGAAGAGAGUCCGCCUACUGUCAAUCAGGUGUACUACUUGCGCGAGGCUAGCGACCGGAUCGACAGGACGGACAAGACCAGCACGUUGAUGCUGGCCUCUGCGCGCGAACAGGACUCCGGUUUCUACGUGUGCCAAGCGACGAACCGGGCGGAAAAAAUCUCGGCCAACAUCACGUUACUAGUCAAAUCCAACGGCAUUGAUUUGGCGGCCGGCCAGUUGAGUCGCGGACUGACGGCCGGCCUCAUCCUGGCCAUUUUCGGUAUGCUAAUCCUCGUCCUGUUGGUCUGCUGCCUGUGCUCUUUAAAACGUGCACGCAUGCACGCCAGCUUACGUCACAGGCGGCCAUCGAUGGUCAUGGGAGUCCCGUCCAUGAACAAUGGCAAUUCCGCCGGAGGCAUGUUCGACAAGCUGGAUCAGACGGAUAACUUCCUGCGGAGACAAUCAACAGCGUCCGACAAUUACAAGAAUCACAACGGAUCGCUGUAUAAAACAGAGGACAACGCGGAAGGCGCUGGAUCGUCUCAUCCGCACGAAGCCAAAGUCGAAACUCGUUUCCAGGACAAACAAUGGCUGGUGAGUAACCAGCCGAGCAAACCUUGCCUCGACAUCAAGCUGGCCACCAACGAUGCGGAAGUGAUGACGGAACCGAUCGUCGACGGCCAUAGGCAAAUCGCCAUGUAUCAGAACAAAGUCAAGUUCAAUGCGGAAGAGACCAACACGCCUCGUCCCAUUCUGAAAUCGGAGAAAGUGUCGUCUCCGAGUCCGACGCGCAACUACCCGGAUUUGGUGGAUCUUUUGCCUUCGGCCGAUUAUUCGGACUCUAGCGACGUGACUUCCAAUCAGGACGAAAUGGAACUGAUCCAGCUGAAACGAGAGCGAUCAUCGCCGCCCAUUUAUCCGACCUCUCGCUACUUGCAAACGGCACGGCAGCAGGAAACGACCUUUCCGGGACGGAGGGCCGUAGUUGCCGUGCCGGGCAAUCACAAUCGUCGACGGCUCUCCGAUUGGGAAGUGAACGAAUUGGACGACGACCAGGAGCAUCAUUCGCCAAUGUUCUACCAGACGCAGCAUGUUCCAGUCGCUUCGCGGAGGGAGAGUUACGAUUCCGAAUUGGACACGGCCCAAACGGAAUUGAUCCGUCGUCAUCAUUCGGAAGAAUUUGACGAAGAUUUUCAUCGACGUUACGCCUAUCACACCGGCCAGCUCAAUCGCUUCCUGCUCGAAUAUCGCGCCCUCCAGAAACGUCUUGCACAAAUGCAGGACACUUGGGGCCGUUGCCUAGACGACGACAUCGAUAGAUCCGUCCGCCACCAUCAUCGUCAUCAUCAUCAUUCGAAUCAUCAGCCUAACGCCCAACGGCCUUUGCGUCCUAUCCUGAAAAAUCGAUUGACGCUGCCCCGUCAGACGAGGAGAUGGUCGUGCGACGAACAAGAGCCGGAAGAUAUUCUCGAACCGGAAUUGCAAGGCAGUAACUACGAAGUUUCAUCGGCCGUUGACGAGCUGUACUACAGCUGAUAACAUCCCUGCCUGCCUGCCUGCCUGCCUGCCUGCCUGCCUCAUCCAUCAUAAUGUACAGAAUGUAAUUUUGCCUUUUGAAUUUCUACGAGUUGGCGAGUUUCUACAACAUUUUCUCACGUCGACGUGGUGUGCGAGAGACGGGCCACAAAGGGACGACAUGCAAUGCAAUUAGCUCUUCUCUUCCUUUUGUAAUUAGCUCGUUCAUUUUCCUGUCGUCAAAUAAUAGUGUGCCACUCGGAUUUAUUACGAGACGGCAUCCCCGGCUGUGUGGAUUACAUCUCCCAAUUGGCAUCAUCUUGUAAUGAAUGCAGCAUUCCGCUUGGCGUCGCAUCAUGCUUGAUUGGUAGAUGGCUUUACUAUAACGAUGGUGGAUUUCUUUUUUUAAAAAAAUCCAACGUAUUUUCGAAAUGCGAGGCAUUUGUUUCAUAGGGUCGGGAAUUCAAUGUAUUCUCAUUUAGCAUGUACAUAUGUAUAUAAAUAUAAAGUGCAAUGUUCUCACACUCGUACGAGGCAUUAUCAUUCAAAGAAUAUGUAUAUUUAUAUAUAAUCUUCAAAGUUGAUUUCAGUUGAAAACAUCACGAUUCCCAUCUUUGAACAGAAGAAAAUCCGAUGCAAAGGCAGAUAACAAAA